UAUCUCACCAUGCACAAAUUGGUGUUGCCCAACAAAUCUUCAAUCCACCGGUUCACAACCCUAGCGCUCUAUCGCGCGCUUCUCCGACAAUGCGCCAAAUUACCUGAAAACCUACCGGAGCGCAAUGCGCCCAAGCAGCACAUACAACUACGGUUCCACAGAUACAAGGGCCUCGAAAGUCCGUCGAGAAUCACGCAUGCAUUGACAGCGGGAUAUGAUGCACUCGACUUGCUCCAUGCCGUUUCACAGGGUCGUCGCACGGAAACCAAGCGUCUCCGGACCCUCCUAUCCGAAGCCGCCGAAGCAAAGGAGCGCCAGUCCGCGAUGCAAAGAGAACUGUGGCGGUUGAAGCCGAGAAAACCCCCGAGCGCUCUCGAGCUGAAGAAGAGGGCCAACCGGGCAGCCACGAGGCGGACCAUGUCGCGACAUCCCGAUGCCAUACCGGUUCUGUCGCGUCCCCGGCCGGUCGUCAGCGGGAUACGCCGCAUCCCGAAACUCGUGAAUGCGCGCGGCGUCCCCUUCCUGAGGAUCAACAAACCCCAACCCGCGAUCAUCGGGCACAUUAUCCGGGGCAAACAACGCAAACGAAACAGGACACUUCGCGUGCGCAGUAAGUUACAGGAGGCGAGACUCUGGGCUCAGGAUGAGGACGAGUGGGAUCGAUUAAUCGGCCAAGCGGAACGAGAGCCGACGGCCACGUGGCGUCAUCCCGUUGAUAUAUGCGUUAUGGAACUCAAAAGACGAGUCUUUGAGAUGGAGCGCAAGGAUCAGGAGCUUGCGACAGCCAUGUGGAAAGUCGUCCUCGCGGAGCGGGCGUUGGCCGCCAAAGAGGCCGAGGAACGGGCUGCCAAGAUGGCGGCGGAUGCUCCAACAGAGACUACGGGAGGAACAGAAACGGAGCAGAAGGAAGUCGGCCGGCUAGAGCGCGCGGAACUACCCAAGCAAUCUAGCUGACUGGGAUUUAGGGCACGUGCAUAGAUCAUUGAAGAGGAUGUCAGGAUUGGACGAGUAACCUCAACUCGACGAAGACAGCCCAAGCAUAGCCCAAGUGGGCGAGUCCUCUAUGCGUUCUCCAGGCGAAUAUACCCCAUUCCUUCACGUCAUAUCCAUAGCAUCGAAUCAUAGCCAUAUGUCUCGAGAAUCCGCCCGGUAUUUUUGGUCAAUACCCGCUUUAUGCAUGACACAUCUGUCGGCCUGGACACCUCAAUAUCUUGGUUAAAGGCCCAUUUGCACGCGAACUGAAUGUAUACUUGUAAAUUUGGUCAUAG